AUGUCUCAGCCAGAGACAACUGAUGAAGAUAAGCCACUUGUUCCAGAGACAAUUGUUGUAGAAGAAUAUGGCAAGAGAUAUGGACUUGGUCUAGCAAUUGAGAACAACCUAAAAGUGGAUCCAAGAAGGCAUGGAAAACUACCACUAUCUUCACAAGCAUCAAAGGAGAAAGAGAAAGAGGACGCAUCACAAGACUUUGAUGCUUAUGCUUCUUGGUCUUCAGAAACUGACAUGUCUGCAAUGGUUUCAGCUCUUGCUCAAGUUAUGGGAACAACCAAUCGGAACCCUUCCAUGCCACAAUCAACCUCUUCUCCUCUCUCACCUUUCCAGACCAAAGAUGAACCUCAACCUCAACCUCCUCUAGAUGAAGGGAUGAAAAAGAAGGCACACUACAGAGGAGUGAGACAGAGACCAUGGGGGAAAUGGGCAGCAGAAAUCCGUGACCCCAAAAAAGCUGCAAGAGUGUGGCUUGGAACCUUUGAAACGGCAGAGGAUGCAGCCCUUGCAUAUGACAAAGCAGCACUCAAGUUCAAAGGCACCAAAGCCAAGCUCAAUUUUCCUGAAAGAGUUCAUCAUGAUGUUUCCUGCAUGCAACACCAAGCUUCAUCAAACACAAACAUUUUUCCCUUCCAUGCAUCUUCUAACACUGCCUCUGCCACAGGUGCCACUGAGCCUGUUUCUUCUGUUCAUGGUGCUGCUCCAUCCCCAUUUUCCUCACAUGAUCAACAUGGCCACCAAGUUUUUCCAAACCUGCUUCAAUAUGCACAGAUUCUUUCAAGUGAUGAUGCAGAGUUCCCUUACUACACAUCCCAUCUUUUCAAUCAACAACAGCAGCAGCAGCAACAGCAACCACCCUUCAGCUCUCAAUUCUCUACCACUUUUUCUUCAACCUCUUCUCAAGCAUCCUACUUCUACAGCCACCACCAACAAUUUGAUGAACAUGGACAUGAUCACUCAGGCCAGUAG